CCAUUUAUAGGUCAGAUUUAAGCCUUGCUUUGUCUCUGGAAAUUAAGGGGAAAACAUGUCAAAGGUGGGAUUUUGUGCAUUUGUGUGUUUACUUUUUGUCUGCUGCUGCUGCUUCUGUUGUAGCAAAGCUAUGUCGACUAAAGUCAACCCGGAGGCUGUGAACGAGAGACCUGUGAUUGGUAUUUUGACUCAGCUAGUUUCAAGUGAAGACAUGAAACCAUUCGGGAGGACCUACAUACCUGCCUCCUAUGUGAAAUACAUUGAGGCUGGAGGCAGCAGAGUGAUGCCCAUCAGAUUGACUCAUACAACUACUGAAUAUGAAAACAUCUUCAGGAAGAUAAAUGGCCUUAUUUUCAUUGGUGGAGUUGCAAAUUUAGAGACAUCAGACUUUGCCAGGGUGGCGAAGAUUUUUUACAGACUCGCUCUGACAGCCAAUGAUGCCGGAGACUUCUUCCCCAUCUGGGGUACAUGCAUGGGCAUGCAGCUGCUGACGGUACUGGUGGCCGGAGAAAAUCUGCUGACCAAAACCACAGCUGAGAACAUAUCAAUGCCCCUGAACCUAACUGAAGAGGCCUACACCAGCAGGAUGUUUGAGGGUUUCCCCAGUGAUCUUUUGAAGGCUUUGACCCAAGAACCCCUGACUGGCAAUUUUCACAAAUACGGCGUUACAGUAGAGACUUUCCAGGAAAAUGAGAAGCUGCAGAGUUUCUACAACAUCUUGUCAACAAACGUUGCUGAAAACGAAGUUAACUUUGUCUCAACUAUGGAAGCUAAGAGAUAUCCCUUCUAUGGAGUGCAGUGGCACCCAGAGGUGAAUCGCUUUCAGUGGAGCAGCAGCCGAAACUUUCCACACUCCCAUAACGCUGUCAGGCUGUCCUCUCUCCUGGCUGACUUUUUCGUCAAUGAAGGAAGGAGAAGUUUACAUAAGUUUGACAAUCCUGAGGAAGAGGCCUCAUCACUGAUUUACAACUACACGCCAGUAUUUGCUGGGAACUUCUCCGGAUACGAGCAGGUCUACUUCUUCUGAAAUUAUUCGGCAUCUGACUGUGUGUGUGUGUGUGUGUGUGUGUGUGUGUGUGUGUCACUUUUCACAUGAGCAACCGCACACACACACACACAAAGUCUGCUGAGUUUUAAUCACAGCUAGCCAUCUAAAAAUGAUUCAGAGUGCAUUUUUAUGACACUGAAGAGCCUUUUCUGCACCAGUACUUGUUGUUUUACCGACUUAAAUGAAUUGUGAAUACUUUAA